GGGGCGUUACACCAGAUCCAUGCUUCACAGAGGUACUUCGUAGAAAUUCCGCUAUCAAAGCUCGGCCAACACAUAGGAAGCUAAAAAAGGAUCUAAUCGAGCACAUAUGGCAACGCUAUGGAAACAAAGAAAAUUAGACUAAAGGCAUUGUAAUAUAAUUAUUAUAUUUAUGGUUCCUAAAAAAUAUUGUAAUCGUGUAUCUUAUUCAUGCUUGAUAGUAUUAUAUCAAAUAUAUAGCCACACAAUGGUAUACACAAAUGCAUUUGUAGUUUAUCAAAGCUACAUGCAAAGCAUUAAAUAGCUUACAGACAGACCCUCUGUCUGUGGGUUGUAUGAGCUGUCUUUAUAUCCGUCUGGAUGAUAACUUCGAGGUUCUUGAAGACACACCCCUGUAUGUGGGUUGUACAUGCCCUAACACUCCUACUACUACCACUACACGAAUAGCAAGUUGCCCCCAAUCCGAGACGUGCAUCUCUACCAGCAAAACUGCGUGCGACUUUGACGAAUUCUGCCUCAGCGAGUAUGCCCAUUGGCUGCAACAAUAUAAUUCGCUUCACGGUCGCUGAAUUUUUCCUUCCCGGUUUCCAUUGACCUUGUACUGGUUUGUGUGUGUCGGUAUUUCCCUUACAAAAUGAUGAGUUGGUGUGUGCGCGCAGGCGCAGCGCGCUACUGGUUCAAAGCAAGCAGCCACACCUUCCGCGAACCGAUCGUUCGAUCGGUCCAGCCGCGUCCGGUUUAAUAUAAACCGGCACCCGUAAAGCGAUUGGCAAUUCAAUCGGUAUUGGAUUGAUCAAUCAUCGUCACCUCGUUUUGCUUGUCUACUUCGAUCGCCGCCUCCGCAGCCGUCGUCGGAGAGGAGGAGGAGGAGGAGGAAGAGGAAGAGGAAGAGGAAGAGGAAGAGGAGGAGUGGGAGAUGAAGAAGGAGGCAGGGGCAGGGAGCAAGCUGGGGAGGUGGCUGGGGGCGCCGGUGCGGGCGCUGUCGAGGGCGUGCGACUCGUACGUGCGGAAGAUGUCGGCGUGCGCGGGGCACAUGCCGACGCACGCGGCGGGCGCCAUGGGGCGGGGCGGGUUCGCGCCGGGGGCGAUGCAGGCGGCGACGUUCAGCUCGCGGUCGCGGCGCGGUGGCGUUGACGGCGGCGGCGACGACGACGACGUCGGGGCGCUCGUCCGCGCGCUGUCCCAGCGGCAGGCGGCGUCGUCGGCGUCGGCGGCGACGUCCGUGCCGGUGAGGAGCCGCAGCGUGGCGGUCGGGAGGAUCGACGAGGACGCGCCGUGCGAGUUCGGCGCCGAAGACGCGCGCCUCGGCCCCGUGGCGGCGCCGCCGCACGUGCGGCGGAGCCGCAGCGUCGCGGUCGGCGCCGGGCGCGCCGGCGUCGGGUUCGGCGCCGGCGCCGGCGCCAUGAGGAUGGGACCGGGCGUCGGCGUCGGCGUGGUGCGCGGCUGACCUGACCGACGCGAGUGACGGCCUCCGGCGGCGCGUGCAGCAACAGUAGCACGCACGCGUCGCGUGUCGUCGUCGUGUAGUAGCUUUACCUAAGCUUAGGCUUGCUGUCUUUUCAUGGUUCGUGAAUCGUGAACACGAAUUAUUUACAGCUUUUUUUGUGUGUAAUUGUGUCGCUUUCGGUGUGAUGUGUAGUAUAUGUACAUAUCCUUUCCUUGUGAUUACUAGAUUUGUCACGAUUUGGAACUAAGCAGCCAGUUUGACA